AUGUAUCAAGGUAUCAUCGAAAUAGUUAAAAGCAAACUGGCCACAACCAUAAACUAUCCAGGUUACUUGCCAAAGUGGCUAUUGUUCAUUUCAAUAGUGAGUGUUUUUAACAGUAUUCAAACUUAUAUCAGCGGCUUGGCUUUGACCCGUAGAGUUUAUGAAGGUAAACCAAGCCAAAUUACUCCAUUGGGUUGUAGAUUAUUUGGGACUUGGACCUUAGUUAGCUGCGUUAUUAGAUUAUAUGGCGCUUUGUAUAUUACUGAAAAUCAUGUUUUCCAAUUGACAUUUAUUUCUUAUAUUAUUGCACUUUUACAUUUUGGUAGUGAAUUGAUAAUUUACAGAAGUUGUAAGUUUGGUGGUGGCUUUUUAGGUCCUUUGAUUGUCUCUACUACCAGUUUAUUGUGGAUGUAUAAUACUAAGGAGUACUACACCGGUCUUCCAUGGUAA